AUGAACAAUGGAAUGGAGAAUUGUUUGGGAGCUCUGGGUGGGACACACAUCAAGGUAAAUCCUUUACAAGCUGAUAAGGCUAGAUAUCGCACUCGGAAGGGAGACAUAGCAACCAAUGUGCUAGGGGUUUGUUCACAAGAUGCUCAGUUUAUUUAUGUAUUGCCUGGAUGGGAAGGAUCAGCUGCAGAUUCGAGGGUUCUCAGAGAUGCCAUAGCUCGUAAUAAUGGUUUAAGGGUUCCAAAAGGUUAUUAUUAUUUGUGUGAUGCUGGUUACAUGAAUGGGGAAGGUUUCCUUACACCUUAUAGAGGGCAAAGAUAUCAUCUCAGUGAGUGGAGACACGGGGCACAACCAACAACAGCGAAGGAGUUUUUUAACAUGAAACAUUCUUCUGCAAGGAAUGUCAUAGAACGCUGUUUUGGGAUGUUGAAGGGGCGUUGGGCGAUUGUUAGGUCGAAGUCAUUCUAUCCGGUUAAAACACAAAUCAGGAUUAUAACUGCAUGUUGCUUGCUACAUAACCAUAUCAGAAGAGAAAUGGCCUUUGACCCAUUAGAGGAGAGUGAGGUGGAUCUUCAACCGGUUCAAGACGAGAUGGGAGCAAAUGAUAUGAUCACUCACGUGGAGUCAUCCAGUGCAUGGUCACAAAUGAGGGACGAUAUGGCGCAACAGAUGUUUAACAACUUCAGGAGACGUGUUUGA